UCACUCUGGCACGUCUAUUCCUAUUGCAAUGUCCUAUUCCCGAAUAUACAUCAUUUUCUUUCUUUCUUUCUUUUUUGAGACCGAGUCUUGGUCUGUCGCACAGGCUGGAGUGCAGUGGCGCGAUCUCAGCUCACUGCAACCUUAACCUCCUAGGUUCAAGCGAUUCUCCUGUCUCAGCCUCCCAAGUAGCUGGGAAUAUAGGCGCCCGCCACCACGCCCGGCUAAGUUUUAUACGUUUAGUAAAUGCGGGGUUUCACCAUGUUGGCUAAGCUGGCCUCGAACUCCUGACCUCAGGUGAUCCACCCGCCUCGGCCUCCCUAAGAGCUGGGAUUACAGGCGUGAGCCACCGCGCCUGAUAAACAUCAUUUUCUUUUAAAGAGUCCUCUCUGUUAUCUAGCGAGACACUACUACAAUGGAGAAAAAAGACCCCUCCUUCAAGGCCUGAGAACCUGAAGACUUUGGCGAAAAGUCUGCUCCUGAGGAGACCCAGGAAGGCUUCUGGGAAUCGUAGUUCAAAGGCAUCCCGUCUUCUGCGCAGACUCACAAGUCCCUGUGGACGGAAACAUUGAAGGGUAGUGCCGCUCCGUCCUUCCACCGGAAGUGUCCGAUCGGAAUCAGCCCUGUCCGAGAGGUGAGUCCGGGUUUGGGGACCCAGAUGUCCGACCCAGUGUCUCCCUCCAAACAUCCAGUCCCUCUCAUAAUGCCUUUGAAAUUAGCAGCCUCUGGGUGACCAAACCUUGGACCUCAGAGCAAUUCCUGAGAAAGGUGUAACCAGCUUCGGCGAUGGGAGGGCAGGAGCGCUCCUGUUCUUAGUGAAGGUUUGGCGGUCUCCAUAGUUACCUCCGCCGCGCGUGACGUCAUAGUGGAGCGCUGAGAGGGCGUGGUGGCGUGGAAGGUAGGGGGGCGUCCUGCUGAUCCUGAAUCUGGGGUCACUGAUUAGUGGAGUGGCCCAGUCCAGCCAGAUGGAACGGGAAGGGGCGCCACAUGUCUCGGAUCUGCAGUUGUCUGCCAAAAGAAACUGCUUUGAGGACCAUCCCCGAUCUCCUGUUUCCCUUGGGAAGAAUAACCGCCCUUUCGUAGGACAUAUGGGGACAACCCCGGCCUAUCCUGAACUUUGUUGACACGGAGAACUCUUGAGACUAAAGAAGACCUUUCCCAAAGCAGAAGUGGAUUUCUGAUAAAAUAUCCUAUCCAGAGAUGGCUACCGAGUCAAGGAAAGCUGCAGCCGAGAACUCUCCGGACGAUGAAGGACUUCUGAUACUGAAGAUAGAAGAGGAAGAAUUCAUCCACAGGCAGGACACUUGCUUGCAGAGACGCGAACUCCUCAGGCAGGAGCUCUGCAGGCAGCUUUUUAGGCAGUUCUGCUACCAGGAUUCCCCUGGCCCUCGCGAGGCACUGAGCCGACUCCGGGAGCUCUGCUGUCAGUGGUUGAAGCCAGAGAUCCAUACCAAGGAGCAGAUUCUGGAACUGCUGGUUCAAGCCGAUGAACAUGGACAAGAAAUAUUCAGGAAAAAGGUGUCACCUCCUGGACCAGCACUUAGUGUCCAGUUACAGCCAGUGGAAACCAAAGCCCAUUUCAGUUCAUCAGAACCCCAGCUCUUACGGGACUGUGAUACUGAGAGUGAAAACAGUAGAUCCAUGCCAAAGCUGGAAAUUUUUGAAAAACCUGAAUCACAGAGAAUUGUAUCCGGAAGAAUCUCGGGAUACAUAUCCGAAGCCUCUGGUGAAUCUCAAGACAUCUGCAGGUCUGCAGGCUGGGUAAAGAGGCAAUGGGAAAAAGACUCAGGGGAGUCUCAGAAACCAUCCUCUACCCAGGAUGCAGAUUUUGGUAAAAUCCUCACCCACAAAAAUACAGUCAGAGGGGAAAUAAUAAGCCAUGAUGGAUGUGAGAGGAGAUUAAAUCUGAACUCAAAUGAAUUCACACACCAGAAAUCUUACAAACAUGGGACCUGUGACCAGAGCUUCAAAUGGAACUCAGAUUUUCUUAAUCAUCAAAGAAUUUAUGCUGGAGAAAAAAUUCACCAAUAUGGAAAAUCUUUCAAGAGCCAAAAGCUUGCUAAACAUGCAGCAGUUUUCAGUGGAGAGAAAACUCAUAAGUGUAAUGAAUGUGGGAAAGCUUUCAGGCACAGCUCAAAACUUGUUAGGCAUCAGAGAAUCCACACUGGAGAGAGACCCUAUGAAUGUAGUGAAUGUGGGAAAGGCUUUGCAGGGAGCUCAGAUCUUGUUAGACAUCAGCGAAUUCACACUGGGGAAAGACCCUUUGGAUGCAAAGAAUGUGGGAGAGCAUUCAGCCUGAACUCACAUCUUAUCCUGCAUCAGAGAAUUCACACCAGAGAGAAACCCUACGAGUGUAGUGAAUGUAGGAAAACCUUCCGAGUGAGCUCACAUCUGAUUCGACAUUUGAGAAUCCACACUGGAGAAAAACCCUAUGAAUGCGGUGAGUGCGGGAGAGCCUUCAGUCAGAGCUCACACCUUAGUCAACACCAGAGAAUUCACAGGCGGGAAAACCUAUUAAUGUAAGGAACUUAAGUUUGUAUGUAAAUGCUGAGGAAAUAGAACAAUGUGAAAAACAGUAAAUAAAGAAUAAAUAUUGGACCAGAUGGAAGACUGA